AGCAUGCGUGAUGGUUCUAUGGCGGUGUCUGGGAGAGGCAGCUGAGUAGGCGGCCGCCUGGGGUCCGAGUCCAACGCCACUUUGCUGCAAUCCAUUACUGGAGCUCACCAGAAAACGAUCUCUCAUCCACGGUUGAUCCCUUCUACUGCUAGUGGGUGGGCGCCUAUGGCGCAACUCAUGUAGAGUGCGGUCUCGGAGUCGGCGUCUGGGCCUUGGCGCAAGAUGGCGGCGGAGGGGAGCGGCGCAGCGGCAGGUUUAACUUCCAGAAGGACACCAUCUUCUGAGAUGGCUGGCUCUUCCCAUAGCAUGCAGUUGAAAAAGAUAGGUCACCGAGGAGUGGAUUCUACUGGUGAAACUACAUACAAGAAGACCACCUCCUCUGCCCUCAGAGGUGCAAUCCAGCUAGGGAUUACUCACACAGUGGGAAGCCUCAGUACCAAGCCUGAGCGAGAUGUCCUUAUGCAGGAUUUCUAUGUAGUGGAAAGCAUCUUCUUCCCAGGUGAAGGGAGUAACUUGACACCAGCCCAUCACUACUCGGAUUUCCGAUUUAAAACCUACGCUCCUGUGGCAUUCCGGUAUUUUCGGGAGCUCUUUGGUAUUCGACCAGAUGACUAUUUGUAUUCGUUGUGUAACGAACCACUGUUUGAGCUCAGUAACCCAGGUGCUAGCGGUUCUGUUUUCUAUGUGUCUGCUGACGAUGAGUUUAUUAUUAAAACGGUUCAGCACAAGGAGGCAGAGUUCUUGCAGAAGCUGCUCCCUGGAUAUUACAUGAACUUAAACCAGAACCCACGGACUUUGCUGCCCAAGUUCUUUGGGCUCUAUUGCAUCCAAUCUGGGGGCAACAAUAUUCGACUGGUAGUGAUGAACAACCUUCUGCCUCGGGUAAUGAAAAUGCACCUGAAGUAUGACUUGAAAGGUUCAACGUACAAGCGCAGAGCCUCUCAGAAAGAACGUGAGAAGUCACGGCCUACAUUCAAAGAUCUGGAUUUCCUGCAUGAUGUUCCCGAUGGUCUUUUCCUCGAUGCUGAUAUGCAUAGUGCCUUAUGUAAAACAAUUCAGAGAGACUGUUUGGUAUUACAGAGUUUUAAAAUCAUGGACUACAGUUUGCUGGUAGGAAUUCAUAAUAUGGAUCUAGCCAGCCGGGAGCGGGAGACUGAGGGUCAGCAACCUAGCAUAGAUGGCAUUGGACCAUCAGAUGCACGAAGACCAAUGGGCCAGCGCUCCCUUUACUCAACAGCGGUGGAGGCCAUCCAAGGUGAAUCACGCCUUGGAGCAACCAGUGAAACUGAUGAACAGAUGGGAGGUAUUCCAGCUCGGAACUCCAAGGGGGAACGCCUCAUGCUGUACAUUGGCAUUAUAGACAUUUUGCAGUCCUACAGGUUUAUAAAGAGGUUGGAACAUUCUUGGAAGGCCCUUGUGCACGAUGGAGAUACAGUGUCUGUGCACAGACCUGGUUUCUAUGCUGAGCGUUUUCAACGAUUUAUGUGCAACACAGUUUUCAAAAAAAUACCACUGAAACCUUCCCCGUCAAAGAAAAGUAGGCUCGGUAUGACAUCAAUGAGGCGGCCUACGACAGGUGGCUCUGGGCAGCCACCCUCAUCCUUGAAUGAGGAAGGUAAAGGCCAGGUGCCUACCAGGGAGAUCACUCAAGCAAUAAUAGAACCAGGAGCAUAUCAAGGUCGGCCUGACAUCCUACCCAGAACCCCACCCCUUGAUGAGGCUGCUAGUGAUUCAGCUGCCACAACUUUGUCCAGUUCUUCCCUUGCUGAACCUGGAGCACUGGAUGGCACAGGAACUAACUCCCCAGAUACAAGGCCUAUAGGAUUGGACGAGCACACCACCGAUGAGACUGAACAGCAUCCAAAUGAACUAGUUGCCAGCAGCGUAGAAAGUAUACCUCCAAUUAUUUCAGAGCCAGCCUCGGGGACCCCUCUUUCAGAGCUCUCUGUUGCGUCAAAAGCAGAGGAAGGCAACCGGUGUCAUGACACACUGUUAGAAACUGAAAUCUGCUUCGUAAGUAAACACCUAGCUGUAGAGCAGCAGCUGAUUGAUCAUCCUUUCUGCACUGAGUGGAAGGGAUAUUGUGGAGCCCACUGGUGUAUUCUGAACGUGAAGGAGCUGCUGUUGGAUAAUAUCAUAUCUUCCAGCAGCCCCCAGAAACACAUUCACCACAUCGUCGAGAGCGGGCAGGAAACCACAGAGCUUCUCAUCCGCCUCCACGGAAUCGCAGCAGACGUUGUCUCCGAUCGAGGUCCCCAAUUCAUCUUGCAGGUAUGGAAGGCCUUCUGUCAGGCCUUAUGUGUAUCGGUCAGCCUGUCAUCCGGCUUCCACCCCCAGAUGAACGGGCAAAUGGAACGGGUCAACCAAGACUUGGAGGCGACACUACAUUGCAUUACAACCAACAACCUGUCUACCUGGAGUGACCACCUCGCAUGGGUAGAGUACGCCCACAACUCUCUGGUUAGCACUGCCAUCGGAAGGUCUCCCUUGGGUACCAACCCCCACUGUUCCCUGUGCAAGAAGAGGAGAUUGCAGUGCCGUCCGUUCAGGCCCAUGUUGAUCGGUGCCACAAGGUUUGGGAGGACACACGCACGGUCCUGCUCAGAUCAGCUGAUGGCAACAGGAGGAUUGCUGAUCAACACUGGACUCCUGCGCCUGAGUAUCAACCGGGGCAGAUGGCCGACGGCCGGCUGUCGGAGACGCGUCAAGAUGGUUCUGGAGAGCACGAUGGUCUGUGUUGACAAUAGUGAAUAUAUGAGGAAUGGAGACUUCCUACCAACCCGACUGCAGGCACAGCAGGAUGCCGUCAACAUCGUGUGCCAUUCCAAAACACGGAGCAAUCCGGAGAACAAUGUUGGGCUCAUCACGUUGGCCAAUAACUGUGAAGUGCUCACGACCUUGACCCCUGACACAGGUCGGAUUCUCUCCAAGCUUCACGCUGUCCAGCCCACUGGGAAAAUCAGCUUCUGUACUGGCAUCCGGGUUGCCCACUUAGCACUUAAACAUCGUCAAGGGAAAAACCACAAAACACGGAUAAUUGUAUUUGUUGGAAGCCCAGUUGAAGACAAUGAGAAAGACUUGAUCAAAUUGGCCAAGAGACUGAAGAAGGAAAAAGUAAACGUGGAUAUUGUGAACUUUGGAGAAGAGGAAGCAAACACAGAUAAGUUAACAGCCUUUAUCAAUGCACUGAAUGGAAAGGAUGGAACAGGCUCACAUCUGGUGACGGUACCUCCAGGUCCCAGCCUUGCAGAUGCGCUCAUCAGCUCCCCCAUCCUCGCUGGGGAAGGGGGCACCAUGCUGGGACUUGGAGCCAGUGACUUUGAGUUCGGUGUGGACCCCAGUGCAGAUCCUGAACUGGCCCUGGCUCUCCGUGUAUCCAUGGAGGAACAGCGGCAGCGGCAAGAGGAGGAGGCCAGGAGAGCAGCAGCUGUGUCGGCCGUGGAGGCAGGAAUUGUCACUCCUACUGGUGAAGAGCCAGAUGAUACCGUUCUGAAGAUGUCAGUAACCCAGCAGGAGUCCCCGGAAACUGGCCUGCCAGAUAUAAGCAGCAUGACUGAGGAUGAGCAGAUUGCCUACGCCAUGCAGAUGUCUCUCCAGACACCCGAUUUUGGGAGUGCUGCCGAUUUAUCGGGCAUGGAUGCUGGUACCGCCAUGGACACCUCAGAAGCUACAGCCAAGGAGGAAGAUAACUACAAUGUCAUGGAGGACCCAGAGUUCUUGCAAAGUGUGUUGGAAAAUCUGCCUGGGGUUGACCCUAACAACGAAGCUAUUCGCAAUGCCAUGGGCUCUCUGCAAUCACAAACGUCGAAAGAUAGUAAGAAGGACAAGGAGGAAGAGAAAAAAUGAAGCUUACUGGCCAGAAUUUGAGAGAGAGCUUCUCUGCAUUGCUGCCCAAUAUUACCUGCAACACCACAACCCAUAUAGUUUUCUGUUGCAGUAAUAGCUGCAGAUGAUAGAAGUUCUGCUCAGAUGUCAUUUUUUUAUUUCUUUCAUUUGCCAUGUACUGUAUUAAAGGUCCUGACUUACAGUGGAAUGUUAAUAAAAUGUUCUUGCAUUUCUGAA